CACUAACUCAAGAAUCAGGCCGUGUCGGGGGGAACGUCUUCUGGCCGUUUAUCUCGCCUGCGCUGUCCUCUCAGCCUGCUCUUCCGUUAAGAGUGUUUACAUUUGGGCCAAAGCUUGGGCUUGAGGAGGACUCACUCCUUUCCGACGCCGGCCAUUGUGUGGUCCUGCCUUUCUUCCGGGAGGCUGCGUCCGCCGCCGGGAAGUACCGUUCUCGCCGGUGCCGGUGUUCCCUGAAAAACCGCGUGUUCUGAAUUAGUCUCCGCCUUCCCUGGGUGGGAGCAGGGGGAGCUCUGCGGGGCCCCGGCGGUGGUGCAGGCUGUGGUAGAAUUGGAAUAGAAGGCCCCGCGCGACCCCGCCCUCGACUGUCGCUGGGGACCUCAUGGGGGUCCACGGGCUGUGGAAGCUGCUGGAGUGCUCCGGGCGGCAGGUGAGCCCGGAGACGCUGGAAGGGAAGAUCCUCGCCGUGGAUAUCAGCAUUUGGUUAAACCAGGCACUGAGAGGAGUCCGGGAUCGCCAUGGAAACUCAAUAGAAAACGCCCAUCUUCUCACUUUGUUUCAUCGGCUCUGCAAACUCUUAUUUUUUCGAAUUCGUCCUAUUUUUGUGUUUGAUGGGGAUGCUCCACUGUUGAAGAAACAAACCUUGGCUAAGAGAAGGCACAGAAAGGAUUUGGCAGCCACUGACUCCAGAAAAACUACAGAGAAGCUUUUGAAAACAUUUUUGAAAAGACAGGCUAUCAAAACUGCCUUAAAAAGCAAAAGAGGUGAAGCGCUCCCCAGUCUUACUCAAGUUCAAAGAGAAGAUGACAUCUAUGUUUUGCCACCUUUACAAAAGGAAGAAAAAAACAGUUCAGAAGAAGAAGAUGAAAGAGAAUGGCAAGAAAGAAUGAGUCAAAAACAGGCAUUACAGGAAGAGUUCUUUCAUAACCCUCAUGCCAUAGAUAUUGAGUCUGAAGACUUCAGCAGCCUGCCUCUUGAAAUAAAGCACGAAAUCUUGACUGACAUGAAAGAAUUUACCAAGCGAAGACGAACCUUAUUUGAAGCAAUGCCAGAGGAGUCUAAUGACUUUUCACAAUAUCAGCUCAAAGGCUUGCUUAAAAAAAACUACCUAAACCAACACAUAGAAAAUGUCCAAAAGGAAAUGAAUCAGCAACAGUCAGGACAAAUCCAAAGGCAAUAUGAAGAGGAAGGGGGCUUUUUGAAGGAGGUAGAGUCAAGGAGAGUAGUCUCUGAAGAUACUUCACAUUACAUCUUAAUAAGAGGUAUUCAAGCUAAGAAAGUUGCAGAGGUGGGUUCAGAGUCUCUUCCUUCUUCCAGCAAAAUGCGCAGCUGGUUGUCUGACGUGAAGUCAUCUCCAUGUGAGGCACUGAAGCCAGAGAAGGAGCCUGCCGCUACCCCUCCUUCUCCAAGAACUUCUCUGGCUAUGCAGGCUGCCAUGGUGGGAAGCAGCUCAGAAGAGGAGCAGGAGAGUGAGAAUCAAAAGCAGUCUGAUGUGAAGAAUGCACCUGUGUCCCCGCUUACUCUCUUAGCUAUUCAGAAGGUUCUCGACGAUGAUGAAGACAUGGAAGCACAUGCUGGAAAUGACGUGCAGAUAGGAGGGUCAGCAGUGAAAACGCUGCUUGGGAACAGUUGCCACGAAGAAGCUGUUGAAGGCCUUAAAGAAGGAGGUGGAGAAGGAAUGCUGUUGCCAGCAGGACCCCAUCUGACCCAUGUGAACUCUGCUCAUGAAACCAGCCCUGACACCGGCAGGAGGCUGGCAGACUCAGCUCAUUUGUCCCUUCCCGUCUUCUGUCCAGGCAGUGAAUCUAGUGUUCCAAAAGAAGAAAUGUCACUUAUUCGUGUGGUGAGUGAAGCCUUUCAGAAAAGCUGUGAGUCUACCGUUAAGGAGAGAAAAGACCCCAUUCCUUCAGAAAGCACAGUGGUGAUGCACAGCGAUGCACCUGGGCUCCAGAGUGGGAGAGAACGGACACCAGUACCUUUGAUGCGUUCAAGUUCUGUAUCAAGGAAUGAAACAUACACCAAAGAGCCUGAGCUACAACCAGACCUUUGUCCAUCAGGUGGCAAAUAUGAUUCCUCUGUUCUUUCAACUGAUGAUGAAACAGAAGGUGAAAAAAAUCAUGUUUCUGAAAUCAUUGACACUGUCAGUUUGCAAGAAAUGAGUAAUACACAAAGUAUCCCUUCAGAGAUAAUAAGUAACUUGGAAAAUGCAGUAUCCUUUAAUUCUAAAGAGAAUGAGAAUUUCCUGAAAACCGUCCAAGAACAUGAGACAAUGGACUCUGUAGACCAGGACUUAAUUUCAGUUCCAAAGUCCAUGGAGCCAAUGGAAAUAGACUCUGAAGAAAGUGAAUCUGAUGGAAGUUUCAUCGAAGUACAGAGUAUAAUUAGUAAUGAUGAACUUCAAGCUGAAUUACAUGAAGCUUCUAAAUCUCCCUCCACACAAGAUGAAGAAGAACUGAUAGGAACUAAGAAGGAAGAAGCCACUGGUGACUCUGAGGGCCUCCUAAGACACAGCUCUGGAAGAGAGGCUUUGGACGCGGAGCCACGUGAAGAAGCUGAAAAAGACACAGACAGUUCACUCAGUGAAUGGCAAGAUAUUAAUUUGGAGGAGCUGGAAACUCUGGAAAGCAGCCUGUUAACACAGCAGAAUUCGCUGGAAGCACAAAAACAGCAGCAAGAACGGAUUGCUGCUACUGUGACGGGGCAGAUGUUCCUGGAAAGCCAGGAACUUCUUCGCCUGUUUGGCAUUCCCUACAUCGAAGCUCCCAUGGAAGCAGAGGCACAGUGCGCCAUCCUGGAUCUGACCGAUCAGACUUCUGGAACAAUCACUGAUGAUAGUGAUAUUUGGCUGUUUGGAGCGCGGCAUGUCUAUAAAAACUUUUUUAAUAAAAACAAGUUUGUAGAGUAUUACCAGUAUGUGGACUUUCACAACCAACUGGGAUUAGACCGAAACAAAUUAAUAAAUUUGGCCUAUUUGCUUGGAAGUGAUUAUACAGAAGGAAUACCAACUGUAGGUUGUGUUACAGCCAUGGAAAUUCUCAAUGAAUUCCCUGGACCUGGCCUGGAACCUCUGCUUAAAUUCUCUGCCCGGCCCUCCUGCUGUGUGGAGGGGGAGACUCUCUCAGUGCGAUGAAUGCUGGGCAUGUUAUGCUGGUCGUCCUCGCUGACAAUCCUGCUUGCUUGUCGCGAAGAUGGAAAUUCUAAGAGAGUAGGUGAGAAUGAUAGGUGUUCUGUUAGUGCGCUCCUGGAGACGGUAUUGUAAAACUGAUGGAAGAUAGAUCUGAGUUCCUUUUUGCCUUUUGAUGCUGCCGUGAAGACUGCAGUUAGUCUUUUACAAUGCUAGGUGGCGCUCCUGCAUCGGUGAGGUGAGACCGAGCACAUCUGAGUCUGUGUCCGAUACCCCCAAGCACGUGAAGCAGAGCAACGAGAGAGAGAGAGAGAGAGAGAGAAGAGAGAGAGAGAGUUUUGUUCUUUUUAACGUUUCAUGAAUGCAUUGAUUAGUGAGGGUUUUCUUUGUUUUUAACUUUAUGCUGUUCAUUCUUCCUAAUUGUAUUAAUUUUUCUGGUUAUCUCUUGCCGCAUUAUAAGAUACUUUAAACCUCAGUGGCUUCCAGCAGUCAUUGGUUUUGCCUGUGAAUCUGCAGUUUGGCGACGCUGCGUGGGCACGUCUCGUCAGGCUCCGUGUUUGUUGGGGGCAGCUCAGCUGGGCUAGAGGAUCCGCUGGUGAGGGACCACGUGUCUGGCCAGGGGUGCUGACGUCAGCCCGGAGCUCAGCCAGAACUGUGGGCGGGGCCUCGGACCCCCUCCAUCUGGACCCCCUCACCAGCUGGAGCUUCGUCACAGCGUGUCAGCUGCUUCCGAGGCAGAUAUUCUAAGGUUCUGGAUGUGGAAACCGCAGGCUCUGAAGACCUGGCACAGCUUCCCUUCCUCCAUCCCAGAGCCCACCCGGCUCAAGGGAGGGGACAUGGGCCCCACUUCUGGAUGGGAGGAGGAGCACAGAAUGUGCGGCUAUCUUUAAUUUGUCAUAGUAAUUUCUGCUCACAAUGGAAAAACUGAAAACAUAAUAAAAUAUAAAGAAGAAAAUGAACAGUUGUAUCCUUGCUUAGAACACUGCCUAACAGUAAAAUAAUAGUUGUCGUUGCUUUUAUUAUUUUAAAUUGCUUUGUCUGUUUUUCUUUCUUUACAUAUGUGCAUCUUCUCCAAAAUUGAGAUUUUACUUUCUGUAGAAUCAUGUUCUGCAUUUUUAAGAUAUGACAUGAUGUUCUUGGUAUUUUUACAUAUUAUUAAAUAUUCUUGGGUCUAUUAUUGUAGUUGAUUUGAGGUAAAUGUUACAGAUAUUUGACCUCAUUUUCCUGGUGAGAAAAGAGCCCCAGAGAAGUUGUGGGCUCUGAGGGUGAUUCUCAGGGUCUGACCACGCCAGUGCCAGCUGUGAAAUCUUGAGCAGAUGGUGACUUGUGCUUGGGGUGGGUUUCUUUCUCUGUGGGGUGAGGCAGUGGUAGGACUGAGCUCGGGUGAUGAUCGGGGUGUAUGACAGCUGACACGGAGCCAGGCGCAGAGUAAGCUCGCAUUGGUGUUUGCCGUGGUUACUCUGUGGCUCAUGGGAUUUGUUCUGGGGCUUCAGUUUACACCUUCCAAGCAUGGCCGUUGGUCUGUAGCACAUCUGCCAUAAUGUCAUGAAGUCUCGUCUCCUUUGCC